AUGGCUUCCACCCGCCCAACCUACCACAUCCCCUUCCCCACGUCGUUUCUCGCUGUCAACACUCCCGUCAAGAAAACCGUCGCAGCUGUACCUGCCGCAGAGCCCCUCGUGCCUGCUCACGGGUUUCUUUCCAACCGACAGAACAGCGGACGUCAUCAGUCCGUAUCCUCCAUCUCCAGCAACUCAAGCAUCGGAGCUCCGCCCUCAGAGGCUAGCACUCUCAGCCCGCCAUCUUCUCCCACCGCCACAAAACAUGACGAUUCACCAAUCCUUGGCCUUAAGAUAUUCUCUCCUCUUGCGGUUAAUGCGAAGUAUGCUGCCCCGCCGGGCAGUCUUAAGGAGAUGAGCGCUGCUGAGCGACAGAGGCGCAUGAGCUUCGAGAGGUCGGCUUUCUUGUCCAACAUCGAGUAG